ACAGUUUUUCUAUAAAUAUAGCGAGUACAGUAACAGCACAGCUAUAUACUCGACAGUCUUUUUUAGUGUUAAUUAGUUUGAUGAAAUUCCGAGAGUCAAUGAUGGAAUCCAGCGAUAUACUCGAUUGCAAUGUCAGAGUGAAAGAGGAACCAAUCCAUACAUCGAUCAUUGAAAACGAUCGCGAGACGAUUGAUGAGAAACCCGAUCUGAAAAACUUUCAAUUCUUGCCAUUUCAGCGAGAAAAUUCAGACCAUAUCGUACGAAAAUGUGACGUGAAUCGUGAGAAUAAACUGGAUGACCAAGUGGAAAUAAUUGUUGAGUGCGAAGACGUUAAACCCAACAUUAAUUUAUCAACAGUUAAAAAAAUUGACGAUGAUUCACAAAAUCACUCAAGGAAUAUAAAAAAUAGCGAUGGUUCUGGAACUCAGAAUAACAUUAAAAUAGAAACUACGGGGGAAGUGAAACAAGAAUUUUUAGGCGACGCCGCUGAAGAUGUAGAUUUAAAUUUCGACUGUGCACUUUUCGAACAAAAUAAAAAAAGAAGAAUUACAAAAAAGUUGAACGAUGAACUUAACCUCAAAACAAACAUCAGUAAGGUGCAUAAUGAUAAAGCCCACGCAUGUAAAAUAUGCGAAAAGAAAUUCUCUUGGAAGAGUGGUUUACUUCGACAUCAUCAAUCAUCGCAUCAAAGUAUCACCUACCAAUGUGAUUUUUGACGAAAGACAUACAGAAAGAAGAUCAAUCUCAGAGCUCACAUCGAUUUCGUGCAUUAUGGCAAUUACACUUUGCACGAGUGUGAUAUUUGCAGAAAGACGUAUAAAUUCAAGAGUCAUCUGAAUAGACAUGUUAAAUCAGUUCAUCAAGGUAUUACCCAUUCGUGUGACGUAUGCGGCAAGAAAUUUUCGCUGAAUUUUAAUCUCCAGACGCAUAUCGAUGCAGUGCACAAUGAUAAGAUCUAUGCAUGUGAAAUAUGCGGAAAAAAAUACUCCAGUAAGCGUAAUCUUAAAGAUCACAUCGAUACGGCGCACAAUGGUGUAAUCCAUUCGUGUGACAUAUGUGGAAAGAAAUUAUCAAACAAGAGCAAUCUCAAAAAACACAUUGACACGUUGCACAAUGGUGGAAUCCAUUCGUGUGACAUGUGUGGAAAGAAAUUAUCAAACAAGAGCAAUCUCAAAGAACACAUUGACACGUUGCACAAUGGUGGAAUCCAUUCGUGUGACAUAUGUGGAAAGAAAUUAUCAAACAAGAGUAAUCUGAAAACACAUAUUGACACCUUGCAUGGCGGUGUCAAACACGCGUGUGAUAUAUGCGGAAAUGAAUACGCAAGCAAGAAUAGGUUAAGUAGACAUGUUCUAUCAGCGCAUCAAAGUACCACCUUCCCAUGUGAUUUUUGCGGCAAGAAAUUCUCAAUUUACAGUUAUCUCAAAGUACACGUCGAUGCGGUGCACAAUGGUAUUAGGCAUGCAUGUAAUAUUUGUGGAAAGACAUAUUCACAAAAGAUUCAUCUCAAGAUCCACAAAGAUUCGGUGCACAAUGGAUUCAAACAUACAUGCGACAAAUGCGGAAAAUCAUUUGCAAAAAAAGUUUAU